AUGCCGCUCUCGCCCAUCCCCGUACGGGUAUGCCGGAUUUGGCAGGCGCUGAAGUCGGACUGGCAGGUGUUGGAGGGCAGUGACGGCGAGGGGGGGAAAAGUCAACUCAAAUAUUCUCCUUCUCGUCCCCUCUCCCCACUUUCCCCCCGCCAGUCGGACUGGCAGGUGUUGGAGGGCAGUGACGGCGAGGGGGGGAAGGCGUUCUGUCGCAGCGUGGCAGUGAGUGCGACCAAGAUCCGCCUCAUGCGCUCCGCUGACAUCAGCGCUGGGCGCACAUUGCAGGUGCUGAACCUCAUCGCCUUCCCGCGCCCCGAGUACGACCUGCCAUACUUCUGUGCCGACCUUGUCACCUUCCCCCGGGGGCACCUCAUCGUGCUGGAUCUCAACCCACUGCAUCAAACUGAGGAGCAUUUCAGCAAGUACAUUGCGCCCAUCAUGCCCCUCGCCAACAAGUACAUCGAGCACCUGCCAUGGGGGGGCGAGUUCACAGCGGAGUCGCUUCAGUUCUUCUCCCCGGCUCUCCUCUGGGCCAAGCUGCCCCUUGAUGCUGACGUCACCGCCCACGUGCUGCCCGCCUUUAAGGAGUACCUGCAGGCAUGGCUGCGCAUGGUAGACGCAUGCGAGCCCACGAGUGACCCAGCAGUCAUGGCACACAACAUGGAGUCACAGCACCGCUACAUCUGCUGGCGCUCUGUCAAGGACCCCGGGCGGCCACUUUUAACGCGCCUGUUUGGCUCUGAGAGAUGUGAGGAGUUCAUCGAGGGGUUCCUGUUUGCGGGGUCCCACGAGCUGGGCAGCAAGGCCUUCCUGGACUAUUUCCCCGACUACCGUCAGGAGGAUGGCAGCAUCGCCAAGAAACGAUCCAUGAAGGGCAAGGCGUACAGCAGCAGGCCGUGGGAUGCACAUGGCAAGCUUAUAUUGUGA